CUCAUGCCCACCGCGUGGCGACAGCCGCAUAACCGCAUCCUGGCCACCGAGACCCCACGUAACUGCCCCCGAGCUCGCCGGCUCGCCGCCACCGCAUGGCCGCUCGCGCGCCGCUCGCCAUGCCUCACGCCGCCGCCGCCGCCGACCCGCGGCCGGCUGGGGCACCCGUGGCCCCGCGCCCAACCGCGCCGUGCCUCCGCGCGAGGGGCACGAGCGGCGUCCCCCUCCUCCACCAGCGGCCAGUGCAGCGAGCUCACCGCCUCCUCCUCCCUGCCGCCAGGCCGGGAGCCAUCGGGAGCGCCGCGGAGGCCGCGCCGGCGGAGGGGCUGGCCCAGAAGCUGCAGGGGGUGGAGGUGUUCGACCUGAGCGGCAAGGCGGUGACCAUCGUUGAUCUGUGGAAGGACAGGAAAGCCGUGAUCGCGUUUGCCCGCCAUUUUGGGUGUGUGCUGUGCCGGAAGAAGGCCGAUCUUCUCGCAGAGAAACAGGAUGUCAUGCAAACUGCUGGAGUUGCUCUUAUUUUAAUUGGACCAGGUAGUGUUGAACAGGCAAACGCAUUUUGUGAGCAAACAAAAUUCAAAGGAGAAGUAUAUGCAGACCCAACCCACUCAUCAUAUGAUGCUCUUGAAUUUGCAUUUGGGCUGUUCUCAACCUUCACACCAGCGGCUGGCCUCAAGAUAAUACAGUUGUACAGAGAAGGAUACAGGCAGGAUUGGGAAUUGUCAUUCGAAAAGAACACCAGGACAAAAGGUGGAUGGUAUCAAGGGGGACUACUUGUUGCAGGUCCUGGUAUCGACAACAUCCUGUACAUCCACAAGCCGCGCGCCGCCGCGUCCUACGCCGAGUCCCUCCGCUCGAAGCUCCGCCCCGACGCCUCCAUCCUCGCCACCCUCCGCUCCCUCGCCUCCGCCUCCGCCUCCUCUUCCAAAUCAAAGGCCGCCGGGAAGUCCCUCGCGGACCACGACCCCUCGGCGGAACCCACCUCCUCGUACAUCGUGGUGGCCGACCAGGACUCCUCCUCCGUCACCUCCCGCAUCAACCGCCUCGUCCUCGCCGCCGCGCGCAGCAUCCUCUCCGGCCGGGGCUUCUCCUUCGCGGUGCCCUCCCGCGCCGCCUCCAACCAGGUCUACCUCCCAGACCUCGACCGCAUCGUGCUCGUCCGCCGCGAGUCCGCGCGCCCCUUCGCCAACGUCGCCACCGCGCGCAAGGCCACCGUCACGGCGCGCGUCCUCUCCCUCGUCCACGCCGUCCUCCGCAGGGGCAUCCACGUCACCAAGCGUGACCUCUUCUACACCGACGUCAAGCUCUUCGGCGACCAGUCCCAGUCCGACGCCGUCCUCGACGACGUCUCCUGCAUGCUCGGAUGCACCCGGUCCUCCCUCCAUGUUGUCGCCUCCGAGAAGGGUGUCGUCGUCGGCCGCCUCGUCUUCGCCGACGACGGGGACCGGAUCGACUGCACGCGCAUGGGCGUCGGCGGGAAGGCCAUCCCGCCCAACAUCGACAGGGUCUCGGGCAUCGAGAGCGACGCGCUCUUCAUCCUGCUGGUGGAGAAGGACGCCGCAUUCAUGCGCCUUGCCGAGGACAGGUUCUACAACCGCUUCCCGUGCAUCAUUCUGACGGCGAAGGGGCAGCCGGAUGUUGCCACCCGGCUGUUUCUGCGGCGGCUCAAGGUGGAGCUCAAGCUGCCGGUGCUCGCUCUGGUGGACUCCGAUCCAUACGGGCUCAAGAUCUUGUCGGUGUACAUGUGUGGUUCGAAAAACAUGUCAUAUGACAGUGCUAAUCUGACGACGCCGGACAUCAAGUGGCUCGGAGUCCGGCCGAGCGACUUGGACAAGUACAGGGUGCCGGAGCAGUGUCGUCUCCCCAUGACAGAUCACGAUAUCAAGGUGGGGAAGGAGCUGCUUGAGGAGGACUUUGUGAAGCAGAAUGAGGGCUGGGUGAAGGAGCUGGAGACGAUGCUGCGCACCAGGCAAAAGGCUGAGAUACAGGCCCUCAGCUCCUUCGGGUUCCAGUACCUCACCGAGGUCUAUCUGCCUCUCAAGCUGCAGCAGCAGGACUGGAUUUGAGUACUCUCUGAUGCUAGGUGCCAGAAAUUCCUUUAGCGAAGUCAAUGUUUUCCGCUCAGAAUUUGCAAGGACCUGAUUGACAUCUGUGAAGACCUUGCUAACUUUUUAUUACCAGCACCCUUGUAUCACUUGUGUAUUUGAACAUCAGCUAUAGUGUGAUUUAUUUCCAGGAAAAUUGCUGCCAGACAUGUACUGGAAGUUCAUUGUCGCAGCAGUGGAAUUCAUACCUCGCAUC